AUGAUUUCCCUUAGGAUCACUUCCGUGGCUUUCAUGGCCGCAGUUAUUAUUUCCGGGGUCGACGCAUACCCGAUAGCUCAGGCCUCGGACCCCAAUGCUGGGUUAGCUGCUCCUCCUACUCCCGACACCGGUAGCAGUACUCCAACGGUACCCGCCACCGAGACCGCCACCACGGGAAUCGUAAGCCCAACCCUGAUGCCAGGUACGUAUCUCGACACGGGCAGUAUCCUCGCCAUAGUCCUUGGCGUCCUCGCUCUCUUUAUCAUCACUGCCAUUUCCGUCGUGUUUGCUUACAGACACACGCAGACCAUAACCAAAGUUGCGCUGCUGAAGAGGAGGGCCAAGGACAAGGCACGCAUCAAGGCCUCCAAGCACAAGACGCGUCGUUCGGUCAACAGCAACAACAGGCCCAGAAACUUGAGACCGGUCCGCGAUGUGGAGGCUGACCUUGACGCCGAGGACCAGCCCGACGCAGGCCGCGGUCGCUCUCGUUGGUCUCACAGCCACGAGAUGGCCAAUCCUCCUGCCGCUGGCAGCAUCGUCAGACCUGGUGUAUGUAUCACCCGCGAUAGGCAAGAUUCCCCCACUGGCUUGACUGAUCUUCGAGAGAUCUCGCCUGGGGCCUCUGCUCACGGUGAGAACCGGAACUCGCGCACGGUUCCCAUUCCUCGAGGCACUCGUAGUAACUCCGUGUCAACCACUGCUACCAGCGGUAACGGCUUUCGCAAUGACCGUAAGCUGUCUCACGCCCGUAGGGGGUAG